AUGGCGUCGACGAAGGAGACGGCGCCCGGCUGGCGGAUGGGGAGCGCGGACCGCUUCCGGUACGACCACGUGCGCGUCGCCGCGGAGGUCCCCGGCGCGGGCCAGUACCGGAAUGCCUCGGCUGUCGGGCGGCAGGCUCUGUCCACGAAGAAGACGCUCCCGACGUGCCGCUUCGGCACCUCGACGCGCGACAAGGCGAACAAGAUCUUCAUCAGUGCAGAGCACGAGAAGGACUCGUUCGGCGAGCUCUCCCCGGGCCCCACCACCGCCAUGGGCCACCCCGCGAUCGGCAAGCAGACCGUGUCGCGAAAGAAGUCCAACCCGAGCUGGGGCUUCGGGACCGCGCGGCGGCAAACCGUGCAGGUCACCGACACCCCCGGCCCAGGCACGUACUGGGCGUGA